AUGCCAUAUGCAUUACAAGAAAAAGUAGAGAAAGAACUUGAACGACUGGAAACUUUGGGUAUAAUCACACAAGUCGAAUCAUCUGAUUGGGGCACACCAAUUGUUCCGGUCGUCAAACCAAAUGGUUCAGUCAGAAUAUGCGCUGAUUAUAAGGUGACAUUGAACAAAGUCAUCAAAGACGAACACUACCCUAUACCUCGGAUCGACGAUAUCAUGUCAAAGAUGCAUUGUGGAAAGAUAUUUUGUACUCUUGAUAUCAGUAAUGCAUACUUGCACCUGGAGAUGGACGAAAACAGUGCCAUAAUGCAAACAAUCAGUACUCAUAAAGGGCUGUUUAAGGUGAACCGAUUAAUGUUUGGAGUAAAAGUGGCACCCUUGUUAUGGCAGAGAUUCAUGGACAAAACAUUACAUGGCUUAGAAGGUGUACAAUGUUUCUUCGAUGAUGUCAUUAUCCAAGGAUCUAACCGGGAACAGCUUCUUCGCCGACUGAAACAGGUGUUCGAACGACUGAAGACAAACGAUUUGAGGCUAAAUAGAGACAAAUGCAAGUUUUUCCAGACGAAAAUUGAGUAUUUAGGUCAUGUGAUCGAUAGCAAAGGGCUACAUAAGUCAGAUACCAAGAUACAGAGCAUUCUGAAAUGUAAAAGGCCAGAAAACGUUUCUGAACUCCGAACUUUCUUGGGCCUAGCAAAUUAUUACAACAAAUUCAUAAAGAAUUUGGCAACACUACUACAUCCGAUGAACCUACUGCUACGAAAAGGAAAUCCUUUCAAUUGGAAUUCAUCUUGUGAAAAGAGUUUUCAGAAGAUUAAGGAAAUUAUCACAAGUGACGAUGUUUUGGUUCACUUUGAUCCUAGCUUACCUCUGGUCUUAGCUACUGAUGCUUCACCGGUAGGUGUGGGAGCCGUUCUGUCUCACCGCUAUAGCAAUGGAACGGACAGACCAAUUGCCUUCGCCUCUCGAUCUUUAACAAAAUCAGAGCAAAAAUACUCUCAAAUCGACAAGGAAGCCUUGGGAAUAUAUUGGGGCCUGAAAAAGUUUUUCCCAUUUUGUUAUGGCCGCAAGUUUACUUUGAUUACAGACCACAAACCGCUAGUCUCAAUUUUUAAUCCAGCAAAGACCUUACCAACAAUCUCGGCAACACGGAUAUUCAACUAUGCUCACUUUCUCUCCGGGUUCAACUAUGACAUAGAGUACAGGCAAACUGCUCAUCAUAGCAAUGCAGAUUAUCUCUCACGUUUCCCUACCGAAGUUGUACAAGAAAAUGCAAUAGAUGACCUCUCUAAGUACCACAUAAACCAACUAGAAACACUUAAUGUCAACAGUACCGUGGUGGCUAAGGAAACUAUCAACGAUUCUGUGUUGGGUCCAGUCCUACAGGCCUUAAAAUCAGGACAAUCUGUCGAACAAUAUGGAUUUCACGAUAACGAACUGUCCAUUCAAGAUGAUUGUGUACUGAAGGGCUGGAGAGUCAUGAUACCUCAAUCCCUCAAACCUCACGUGCUUCGAGUAUUACACGUAGCUCAUUUAGGAGAAAUAAAAAUGAAGGCUUUAGCUCGCAGUUUUUGCUGGUGGAAAAGUAUAGACAACAGAUGGUAG